AGGUUAAUUGGCAGGCUUGGGUGUUCACAAGCGAUAUCAAAAGCGCAGGUACUGACGCCAAUGUCUACAUCACCAUCUACGGGGACAAGGGCAAGUCUGACGACAUUCCGCUCAGCAACAAGGGGGACAGCUUCGAAAAGGGCAACAUGGACACGUUCCGGUUCAACACAGUGGGGGUGGGCAAGCCAUACAAACUGAGGGUGUGGCACGACAACUCAGGGACCUUCGCCGGCUGGCAUCUUGACAAGAUUGAGCUGGAGAGCAUGGAGAGCAAAGAGCGUUACUCCUUCAAGUGCAACAGGUGGCUGGCAGAGGACGAAGACGACAAAGAGAUAGUUCGGGAGAUGCCAGCCGAGGCGCCCAGCAUCAAAAAACCCCUUCCAGUGGUGCACUAUGUGGUACAAGUGUACACAGCCAAGAAGUCGUAUGCUGGCACAGAUGCCAACGUAUACAUCAACAUCUUCGGAGAUCUCGGUGACACUGGAAAACGUUUCCUCAAGUACUCAAAGACCAACAAAAAUAAAUUUGAGAAGGGAAAGGGUAUUUUCCAAGAUGGUAUGAUGGAUGAGUUUGAAGUGGAAGCCGUCACUCUGCACAAGCUGAAGAAAAUCCGCAUCGGACACGAUGGGAAAGGACCCGGAGCGGGAUGGUUCUUGGACAAGGUGGUUGUGUUCCCCAAAGACAGGUCGGACUCCACGAAAGAGGUCACUUUCAACUGUAACCGUUGGCUGGCCGAAGAUGAAGAUGAUGGGCUCAUAGAGAGGGAGAUCACUGCUUCAGGAGCUCAAAUGCUGAGUACCACAACGUACAUGGUGUCUGUCAAGACUGGUGAUGUAAGAGGGGCUGGGACUGACGCCAACGUCUUCCUCAAAAUCUUCGGCACCAAAGAGGACACCGGGAGUCUGCAGCUGCGACAGUCGGAGAAUGCAUGGGACAAGUUUGAGAGAGGACGGACAGACCUGUUCAAACUGGAAGCAACAGACAUUGGAAAGAUUAAGAAAAUCAAAAUUGGCCAUGAUCGCAGCAAAAUUGGUUCUGCCUGGUUUUUGGAUGAGGUGCGCAUCGAUGUGCCAUCAAAGGGAGAGCAUUACACGUUUGCCUGCCAUCGCUGGCUGUCAGAUAAAGAGGGAGACAAACAGACAGAGGUGGAAAUUGAGCCAUCCGACACCCGAGAGAUUGAGAAGACUAUUCCUUACGAAGUCACCAUCUGGACUGGCACAAAGAGCGGAGCAGGGACGGACUCCAACGUUUUCCUCCAGUUGUAUGGCAAGGAUGGGAAGACACAGGAGAUCAGCCUCCGAAACAAAACAGACAACUUUGAAAAAGGUCAAGUGGACAAGUUCAAGAUCGAGGCUCCAGAUGUUGGCCGUCUGCAGAAAGUCCGUAUUGGUCACGACGGGACUGGAAUGUUCUCUGGCUGGUACCUGGACAAGAUGUUGAUUCAAAGACAGCUGCCUCAGAAGAAAAGAGAAAAGAAGAAACUCUCUGACCAUGAACGCCGUAAAUCUAUCCUGGCUCUGCACCGGUCAGACGAAGACUCCGACUCCAGUAGCCCAUCGUCCACGCCAGGCCGUCGUAGGAAGGGGUACAGAGGGUCAAGGUCCAAACUGGACGCUGUCCAAGAAGAGGAUGAGGAGGAGGACACAGAGGACUACUGGUUCUUUGUUGACCAGUGGUUUGCUCGGGGUGAGGGAGACAAGGCCAUCGUUCGAGAACUCAUCCCCACGGACAAGGACGGGCGAUCGCUCAAAGGGGCACUAGAAGAGCUAGAGUAUGUGGUGCGUAUCUUCACUGGAGACAUUCGGUGGGCCGGCACGGAUGCCAAUGUGUUUGUCAACAUCUAUGGGGAAAAGGGUGACACUGGAGAGAGACAGAUGAAGGAUUCAGAGACAAACAGUAACAAAUUUGAACGUGCUCAGGAGGAUGUGUUCCGAAUCAAAGCUAUUGACCUUGGGAAACUGACCAAACUCAACAUCAGACAUGAUAACAAAGGUGGAGGGGCCGACUGGUUCUUAGACAGGGUCGAAGUGGAAGAUGGCAAAGGGAAAACAGGCUACUUUUUCCCCUGUCAACGAUGGCUUGCAGUGUCCAGGGAUGAUGGUCAAUUGACCAGGGAAUUGGUACCAGUAGACCAGGCCCUUAAGAAGCGACUGACCAAGAGAGAUUCCACUACAGCUAUCAAGGAUGAGAUUGGGCUGGAGACUAAAGCUGCCAUGACAACGUACCAUGUCCAGGUUUUCACUGGAGAUGUGUGGGGAGCAGGGACAGAUGCAAAUGUCUACGUCAUACUCUUCGGAGAUAACGACCAUACAAGUAAAAUGUUCCUGAAAUCGUCCAUGACGAACAAAAACAAAUUUGAAAGAAAUCAGAUGGAUGAGUUUUUGUUGGAGCUUGUGAACAUUGGGGAGCUGAAAAAGAUCAAGAUUGGCCAUGACAACAAAGGAGGUGGUGGUGCCUGGUUCCUGGACAAGGUGGUGAUUGAUGCACCCUCGCUGGGCAAGACCUGGGUCUUCCAGUGCGGUCACUGGCUCUCAGACAGUGAUGAGGACCGGCUGCUAGAGAGGGAGCUCUUCCCACAGGAGCUGGCCACGGAAGAAUAUGUGCCUUGUAUCCCGUAUGAAAUCACAACGUUCACAAGUGACAUCAGCAGUGCUGGCACUGACGCUAUGGUCUACGUUGCUCUCUAUGGGAAAGAGACUGCCACACAGCCCAAGAACCUUUGCUCAAGUAAGAGAGAAUGCAAACAACGAUUCAAGAGAGGUUCUCCGGACAAGUUUAUCAUUGAGCUGGAGGAUGUAGGGGAUACAAUAGAGAAGAUUCGCAUUGGCCACGAUGGUUCAGGCUUUGGAGCAGGCUGGCAUCUGGACAAGGUGGAAGUGCGGAGGCUUCACGAAACUGGAAAGAAUGGACUAGGCUCCAUUACCUACACUUUCCCAUGCAAUCGAUGGCUUGCCAAAGAUAUGGAAGAUGGCGCCAUUGAGAGAGAGCUGCUACCGGAGAAAGCAGUGCAGGAAAUCAUCGGGAGAGACGGCCAGACGAAGAGCAAAGAGGUCAAAAUCAAGGACAGGCUUAAAGCCAAAAAGUAUACUGUGGAAGUAUUCACUGGUGACAUGAAGGGUGGCGGCACAGAUGCCAACGUCUUCCUCUCUGUGUUUGGUGACAAAGGGGACACAGGAGAGCGACAGCUGCGCAAUUCAGAGACAAACAGAGACAAGUUUGAGAAAAACAAGAUGGAUCGCUUUGUUCUUGAGGCUGUGGAUCUGGGUAACCUGUACAAGGUGAAGAUCCGCCAUGAUAAUUCCAUGUUCAACCCAGCCUGGUAUCUGGAUCGGGUGGAGGUCUCUGAUGGACGCGACAAAUCUGUCUUCCACUGUGAACGAUGGCUGGCAAAGAACAAAGAUGAUGGAAAGAUUGAAAGAUCGCUCUACAUAAAGGGCUACGACGGUGACAUGUCCAGCACAGGAACUUUGCGCUCAACCAGGUUCGGAGGGUCCAUGACCAGUUUGGACUCCAUGAAAACUGACCCGUUCUCAAAGAGCCCGCGACUCUCAAGGAAACAGCUCUCACAGUCUCUGGAGGAAGUUCCUGAAGGACCAACAAUCCCAUACACGGUCAAAGUAUGCACGGGAGAUGGGGAAGACAAUGGAACCAGCAGCAACGUCUGGAUAAAGAUCUUUGGCAUCAAGAAAUUGCACACCGGCCGACUCUUCCUGGAGCUGAUGCAGAAGGAAAAGUUUGAACCCAGUUCUGUCGAGAUCUUUUCUCUUGAGGCGGUGGAUGUCAAAGAAGUGAAGAGAGUAGAGAUUGGUCAUGAUGGAGUUGCCCCCGGCACUGGGUGGUUCCUCAAGGACAUGGAGCUUGACCUGCCCACCAAGGGCAAACACUACCACUUUGACUGCAAGCAGUGGCUGGCAAAGGACAAAGGGGAUGGCAAAACAUCCAGGAUGUUUAGUGUGGAUGACGGACUCAGCUCUAUCACAUCGUACAAACCAAUGAUACCUUACGAGGUGACAGUGACUACGGGAGAUGUUGCCGCGGCAGGCACCGACCGCAAGAUCAUGAUGACUGUCUUUGGCACCAAGGGCACAUCUGGUCCAUUAGAGUUGGACAAAAGACAAGAUAGAUUUGAGAGGGCCAGGACAGAUUUGAUCAAGAUGGAGAUCGACGAUGUGGCUCCCAUAAAGAAGGUCAGACUGGAGCUCACUGGGAAAGGAAGUAGACCUUUCUGGUUCUUGGAAAAGCUUGAGCUGCGGAACAUGGAGACAGGCACACUGUCAGUGUUUAAGUACAACGGUUGGAUCGGCUCAGGAAAAGAUGAAGCCAAAAACCCAGUGGAUAUUCCAGCUGUGGAGAGAGGAAAAACUGUCCUGGAAAAAACAUCCUACAAGGUGUCGGUGAAAACCUCAGAUGUAAGUGGGGCCGGCACGGAUGCCAACGUGUAUGUUAUUAUCUUUGGUGCCAUGGGAGACUCUGGUGAGGUCCACUUGAAGGACUCGGAGACCUUCAAAGAUCCAUUUGAGAAAAACCAGCUUGACGUCUUCACCCUGAAGAACCAGUUGUCUCUGGGAGAACUCAGCAAAGUGCGGGUCUGGCAUGAUAACAAAGGUUUCGGGGCUGCAUGGCAUUUGGCGCACAUUGAGAUUGAAGAUCUGAGCAACAAGAGGGUGUUUACAUUCCACUGUGAUAAAUGGCUAUCGACGAAGGAGGACGACAAGCAGAUAAUUCGGGAGUUGACGUGCUUGCAACCCUCUAGACCAGACUCAGCAGGCAGUUCAUCAAAAGACAAAACAGUUUACGAAAUUGAAGUGACAACAACUGAUAAAAAUGAAGGUGGGACAAUGCACAAUGCAUGGCUCAUUCUGGAGGGCAAAAGGAAAUCAUCUAAGCUGUUUCAACUGGUCAAUAGUCCUCACAACAAGAUCUUGAGAAAGGGCACAUCAAACAACUUCUCCAUGUCAUCUGCACCACUGGGCAAACUGGAGAGGUGCAUUGUGGGUGCUUUUGAGCGAGCAGACCGUAAGAUGGAUGAUCCACAAGGGAGAGAAGCCAUGUGGCACUGUCAUGAGAUUGUUGUCACUGACACUUCAUCAGGGGAACGGUACACCUUCCCAUGCAAGCAGUGGAUCAAGAUAUCCCCUCAGCCAUCCAAGAGAGAUGCAGAAGUACUGGAAGUUUCGAAAGUGGAGGAGAGCAAAGUAGCUGUGCAGAGAAACCUGGCCCCUGUGAAAUACGAGAUAGUGGUCAUAACGGGUGAUGUGAAAGGUGCUGGAACGAACGCCAACGUCUUCAUCACCGUCUUUGGUAACAACGGCAACACUGGGAAGAGACCCUUGACCAAAGCUUUCAGAGACUUGUUUGAAAGGAAUCAAACAGACAAAUUCCAAAUUGAAGCUUUAGAUCUGGGUGAACUGACCAAGGUGAAGGUGGAACAUGACAACAGUGGUUUCAGACCCAGCUGGUUCCUUGAACGAGUUGAAAUUCUGAACCUAGCAACCAACUCUACCAUAGUGUUCCCCUGUUCCAAGUGGCUUGCAAAGGACAAGGGAGAUGGAGAGCUCUCAAGGGAGAUUUUUGCAAAGGUCGAUUAAACAGUGAUGGAGGAAGAGUUUGUCUUAUUGUCAUUUAUAGUCCACGUAGGAUGGUCCUCUGAUGUGGACGUGGUAAAGCAGGUUGCAAACUUGAAUUGCCUUGUAGAGGUAUAAGGUGUGUAUCUAAACAGGGCUUGAGUUAUUUGCCUCAUACUUUGACAAAGAUUUACUCUUCGGCAACUGACCAGACAAGGGACAAACUGCUCCACCUUCAAAAUGACUUGUCUUGUGUGUAGUGCAAGACUUCAACAGCAAAUCUUUAACAAAUGGUAGAUUGACAUGAUGAAACUGUGUUUGUUUGUAAUGACCUUAUGGAUAUGUGAUUGUGAGAUUGUUAUGGAUGUGCAGCUACACAGACUUAUUUUACCCGUGUUGGUGUCUUUGCGCUUGUGUAUUUGUAUUGUGUGAGUACAGUCAAACCUGCCAUGACGGCCACCUAGUACAAGCGACCACUUUCCAUUUCCCCCUCUUGAGUUUUUUCUAUAUAAUUUAACAAUGUAAAAUGGUCAUCUGUCCAACGCGCCCGCAGCCACCUUAUUUUAUCAACCCACAGUCAAAUUUACCUGCCUCAGGCGGCCAGGCAUGAUCACUCAUUGCCUGACGCUUUGUCAUAAAUGUUGAAUCGGCCCCUCAUGCUGUGGACGGGCUGUCAUCACCCACUCACCUGUCAUUAUUGUUAAUCCUUCCAAUGAAUGUUUACCCAAGUUGACCAAUGGUAUAGGCCUAACAACAAAUUUUCACCUGCUGGUGAGGGAAGCGUGUGAUCCGUCAUAACCUUUUUCAUUUAUUUUACCCUUGCACAAAUCAGAAAAA